GAACGUUUUGAGUCAUGGCGGAUGCGGCAGGAAAUCAGUGAUAAAUUGUGACUCAGCGAGCAUUUUAGUGUUUUAUGUUUCGAAAACAAUACCUAAACAUGGAUUUUAUAAAGUUUUACUUCUUAACUUUUAUUUUAAUAAUUAUUUCACAUAAAGGUCAUGGAAAGGUCCAGCUGGGUACAAAUGGUGCCAUAACAGCUGUUCUGGGGAACAACACAUAUCAACUUACAUGUACUCAUAGUGGUUUAACAGAAUCACAGAUUGACGGACUUUCACUAAAGUUUGUUAAGGAUGGGGUAGUUUUGGUAGCUGUCCCUCCUCUUUCAUUUAGUGGCGGAAAUGUAUCAGUUAAUGCAACGUUAUCUUCAAGACUGUCAGUAGUGCGGUUUACUGCUAACAACCCUACCACGACAGUAACAUUCCAGUCUAUAGAGUGUGGGGAUGAAGGAACAUACACUUGGGAAGGGUAUUACUAUGAUCUAACAAUUGGUAAUACUCAAGUAUCCCAAACUUAUGAUAUAAAAGUGAAAGCUCUUCCAGUUUUAGUACCUGAGAAAUCUGAGGUGUCGUUCACACCUAACACCAACCUUGCCGUUGGAGACAAUGUCACAUUCACAUGUAGUGGUGACGUAGGAAACAACCCAAUUGGUGUUCUGGCCUGGUUCUACUACAAAGAGGGAGAUCCUUCACCAGUUGACAAAUCCAAAAAUGCCAUUUCAACUGCACCUCAAGAUUCUAGGGUGUGCAGCAAGUCAAGGUCAUCAACAUUGGAGCUGACCUUGACAAAAGAAAUGAACAAUAUGGUGGUGCGGUGUACGGUGCAGCAAGAUAUCAGGACUCCUGAUGGGGAAGGACAUAUACAAACAAAUGGUUCAUUAAAUGUGCAUUUCAAGCCAGUAAUCCUAAGUCUAGUACGUUUCCCGGAGCAAACACAGUACACAGAGGGCAUGGCACAGUUGAUCUUGACCUGCAUUGCAGAUGGCAACCCACUUCCCAGUUACUAUUGGAUGUACAUGGCAGAGGGGGCUGGGAAUGGUACCAUGCUAGGAUCAGAGAGUCAGUACACUCUCAACAACCUCACCUUGGAAGGGACCGGCAUAUACACAUGUGUUGCUUACAAUGAAAUCAAAGGCAUUAACCAGACUGUCAAUGCUAGCACUCAGAUUACCAUUAAUAAGUCGACAACCGUGCCACCCACCACAACACCACAAUCUACCACCACAGAUUCAUCAAAUGUCACCAAGAAGCCAGGCGGAUCAACUGGAAAUGACGAUGGAGAAUCAGCAUCCAAUGCGGGCCUUAUAGGCGGGAUUGUUGGAGGUCUGUGUGCCGUCAUCAUCAUCGCCAUCAUAGUAGUUGUAUGCUACAUACGCAAAAACAAGAAGGCUAAGGAGAUUGAAGAACCACCAGAGAAGCCAAGAAAGCCGGACCUCGUGGUUAAUGACCACAACUUGAGAAACAACAUGGCUCUCAACUCCAGCUUCAAUAAUUCUUUCGACAGUACAUCAGACAUUAAAAGAGAUGAUGGUCUCACGUAUAUUGAUCUUCAGUUUGACGAUAAGCCCCGUAGUCGGAGACCCAUACAGUUAUAUGACAAUCCACCAAACGGACAAACGCCAUACGCAGACAUUGGUAACAUGCCCACAAUGCCAAGGGUCUAACAUCUCUCCCGUGUUGUGUGUCUUCAUCAUGACUCUAUGUCAAUAACUUCGUGAAAGUGUGAGCACUGAAAGUGUAAUAGUGUGAAUAUAUAGACAAGUAUACGUACACGUUAGGCAUGAUGUCCUAAUGUUUAUUGUUGUUCAACAUAAACUAUAUAUAACAGGUACUUAUGUAUUCAGUAGGUACUGGAAAUUGGUCUUAAAUCAUAACCAUCAUAGGUUUAACCAUUCGGAUCAAUUUUCAAUCAUGUAAUUUUAAUCAAGGUUUAUACAAAUGUUUAAAAUAAGUGAAUUUAACAAUUAUACACAUGGAAGUUUGUUGUAUUUUUGUUACUUGAAGUAUUUUUUCAAAGAUAAGAUUAAGCUUUAUAACUGAAUACAAAAAUAUUCAUAGCGUUUUUUUUAUCCCAUCUUCUAUUAAUAGAGAAUAAUAAAUUCUGAGAUUAUGCAAUCAAUUAUCGGGGACCUCAAUCGUAAAUGAUCGAUUUUCAGUAAUACCCUAUCUUUAUGUUAUCCCUAGUAUUCAGUGGCCUUAUGUCAGUAUAAUAACUGUUGUUCACCUGCAAUUUAUGGUGCCCGUCUUUAAUACAUGUUGUAUUGUCUUCAGUUAUGUUGAAGCAAUAUCGCUGCAAUAAAUUCUACAUGACACAUUUACAUUAUUCACAGAUUAAACCGGUCCCUCUCUUUUAUAUAACAGAAUGAUAGGUAUUUUGUCUCACUUUUAUAUAAAUGAUUAUUGGAACAAAAAUUGUACUAUCAUUAUUAUAUAUUCAAGUGCUCAACAUUCAGUACCAAAUCUAAACUCUUGUCCCAAUCAUUGUGCCACGUUUUUAAUUAUUUUGAAAUUAAUGCUUAAAAUGUGGCCUAAGUUUAUAUAUAAUACCUUGCCUACUUGGACACAAACAAUUCCAGUCUUGUUUAUAUAGAGGUACAUUUGCAGCAUUUUAUUUUUUAAACUAAAUAGAAAUUGCUAGUUUAAUUUUCCCGAAUGCAGAAUUAAAUGGCAGUGACAGCUGUACUAGAUAUUGUUUUUUCUUAUAGAAUGCAAUUAAUUUCGCAAAAAGAACUUCCAAAGGUCUGGUGCACAUUGUAAUGACAUGUUAUAGAUUUAUGGUUGUGAUAAUUUAGUUGACAGAAUCAAAUUUAGUUAGUACAUUAUAAAUCAUAAAUAUUCUAGUGGUAAUGGUUUAAUCAAUUUUGAUAUAAUUAGAGUUUUUAUACUUAUUUUUUAAUUGAUGGCAUGAAAGGGAAGAAUUUAAAUCAGUUUGAUGAUGGCAUGUUUUAGCUGUAAAUUUAUAAAAUAUUUUUUUCAACCAAUUGCCUUGUGUUAUAUUUUUCCCCAAAAAAAGUUUUUAAAAAAUGUUACAUUAAGACAUAUCCGUUUUAAGGGACCACGCAUUUAAAUGUAUUAAGUUGAUUACCAUUUAACGCAUGUGAUCAUGAAUUUAAUCAUGAUAUUUUUUAUCUCAUUGUAUAUAGUGUAUAUUUGUACAUAGACCAUCUUGACACAUGUAAGCCCAUUGUUAAGUACUUUUACUUUGAACUUUUUAUAAUAUGCUUCCCCCUUCUCAUUGCAGUUUAUUGCCCUUCAACUGGCGGACACAUUUAUUUUCUUGAUAUAUUUUUUUAACAACACCGCAAAUGAUUUAUGAGCUUAUAUGGAAACUUUUUAUAUUUAUAUCUGACUAAAUCUGCUGCUUUUGAUAAGUUUCCAAUUUGUAUCCAUUGUAAGCCAUAAAAGAAGUAAUCUAGUCUGUAGGAUUUCUUGAUAGAAAAUUGAGUAAUCUCCCUUGUAUUUGCAACACUAAAUGGCCAGUGGUCUGAUAGGUUGAUUUAAAAAUAACCUAUGAAUUCCUUUGCAUAAACACAUUCGCUGUGAAUAAUAUCUUGAUAUUAGUAUUGUAAGAAGGGUGAAUGUUGAUUUGUUAACUUCUUUAACCGAACAGUUUUGAUCUGGAUAUAGCUUCUCUUUGAAAUGUGCUUUGUUAUAACGGUAGUUCUGUAAAUUUGUAAAGGAUUCGUCAUUGUAUAUAGCCAUACAUGUAAUCAUGUCAGGAAUAUGACAACAUAUAAUGAUAAUAAAAAAUAAAUUGUUAUAAUGUU